CUGACAGGAUGGCUGGGGUCUGGCUCAGUCUUGUCCUACUGGCAUCUUUCUUCGGGCUCUCUCUGGGCGAACCCUUGUACAUACUGAUGGCUCCAAACCUCUUUCGCCUGGAUAGUCCUGAAAAUGUGUUCCUUGAGGCACAGGGCACCAGCGAUACAAUUCAUGUGACAAUCAAGGCUCUUAUGUUCCCUGGCCGACAAAGUCUAAGCGAGACAACUGUGGAAUUGAAUUCAGCCAACAAACAUCAGGCGCUCAAGGCUUUAAAAAUCCCCUCUAAAAAUCUUCAAAGGGAUACCAAUCAAUAUGCUUAUCUGUCAGCCGAUUUUAAAGGAAACAUAGUAGAAUCUGUUGUAUUGUUGUCCUUCCAAUCUGGGUACGUCUUUGUGCAGACAGACAAACCCAUAUACAACCCCACUGACACAGUGAUGUACAGAGCCUUUGUCACCUCAACAGCAGCCACUGCCAUCGAUAGUUCAGUGACCAUCGAGUUUAAGAAUCCUCAAGGCAUUGUGAUUAACUCAGUGCUUCAUGGGAAUGUUAAGAACGGAAUUCUCACAACAAACUACAAACUGCCAGAGGUGGUCAAUGAGGGGAUCUGGCAGCUGACAGCACAAUUGGAUACACAAAGCACGUUUAUUACUGAAUUCCAAGUCAAAGAACAUGUGCUGCCACCCUUUGAAGUGAUUCUGAACCCCAGAAAGAAGUUCUUCCAUAUUGAUGACAAGAGUCUUGUGGUAGAAAUCAGUGCCAGUUAUGUGUAUGGAGAGGAGGUGAAGGGCUCAGCCUACGUGGUGUUUGGUUAUGAAGACCUUCAGAGAAAACGUCACACCUUCUCUUCCUCACUGCAGAGAGUGGAGCUGGCAGAAGGCACUGCUACAUUAACAAAAGAGCAUAUCACAAAGGAAGUGAAGGACAUAAAAGAGAUAGUGGAGUGUUCCAUCUUUGUGAAAGCCACAGUAUUCACAGAAACCGGGAGUGACAUGGUUCAAGCAGAAAAAACAGGAAUCAAAAUUGUUACCUCCCCUUACAAAAUCCAUUUCACCAGGACAAUCAAGUACUUCAAGCCUGACAUGCCAUUUUGGGUCACUGUUUACGUGACAAAUCCUGAUGGGUCCCCAGCUGAAAACAUCCCCAUCAGGGUGGAACCAGGGUCUAAUGAGGAAAUCACAGAAAGCAAUGGGAUGGCCAAAAUUUCUGUGAGAAUGCAAGAAAGUGACAGGGUUAAAACUAUAACCGUGAAAACCCAGGUUCGAGACCUUCCCGCUGGUCAUCAGGCAAAGAAUCAGAUGACUGCGGAGGCUUACUCUCCUGAGGACCCCAGCUCCAGAAACUAUCUGUACAUCAAUGUGCCAGACACAGAAAUACGGCCUGGGAAGAAAUUCACUGUGGUCCUGUUGUAUUACAUUGAGAAAGAUGAGCAAGCAAAUGCCAUUCAGUUCUUAUCCUAUUUGAUUCUUAGCAAAGGCAGAAUCAUUGAUAAAGGCCGGGUGGAUAAAUUGAGUCGGAAUUUUGCUGAAUUGCAAUUAACAAUCACAAAAGAAAUGAUCCCCUCCUUCCGUAUAGUGGCUUACUACACCUUACCGCUGGCGUCCAAGGCGGAGAUUGUGUCGGAUUCAGUUUGGGUGGACGUGACAGAUACCUGCAUGGGGAAGCUCGUGGUGUCUUUGAAAGACAAGCAUCAAGAGUACAGACCCGGAGACAGUUUGAACCUGAAGGUGAACGGGGACCCUGGUGCCAUAGUUGGCCUGGUUGCAGUAGACAAGGCAGUCUUUCUUUUGAACAACAAGAACAAGCUCACUCAAACCAAGAUCUGGGAUGAGGUUGAGAAAAAAGACAUAGGCUGCACCCCAGGUGGAGGAAAGAACAGCAUGGGAGUUUUCACUGAUGCUGGGCUGCUGUUCAAAUCGAACACUGGAGGAAUGACCACCACUAGGCAAGAUCUCAAAUGUCCCUCUGAUGCUGUGCGAAAGGUCCGAUCUCUUCUUCUGACCGAAGACAAGGUUAAAUUGGAGAGCCAGAUCCAGGACGAGCAGCUCAAGAUCUGCUGCCGGGAUGGGAUGAAGGACAUCCCCAUGGAUUACUCCUGUGAGCGGAGAUCGCGGUUCAUCACGGAAGGACCGGAGUGCGCCAAAGUGUUCUUGCGCUGCUGCACCGAGAUCGCCAACAAGAAGAAGCAACUCUCUUCCAGCCUGGUGCUGUCUCGCAGUGCUAAAGAGCUCUUAAGUGAAGAUGACAUCCGAGUACGUACAAAAUUUCCUGAAAGCUGGCUGUGGCAGGAUUUCGUUCUGCCAGCUGAAGGAGAUGCCACAGGCUCUUUAGACAUUCUGACAGCUCUUCCUGACACGAUUACAGACUGGGAGGUCCUGGCCAUCAGCUCAUCACCCAUCACAGGCGUCUGCGUGUCCAGUCCCCUCCCCAUUAGAGUGAAAAUGAAUUUCUUUGUGGACCUGCGUCUGCCCUACGCAGUGAUAAGAAAUGAACAAGUGGAGAUCAAAGCAGUUCUGUACAACUAUGACACUAAGCCUAUAAAGGUCCGAGUGGAGCUGAUGAAAUCUCAUGAAAUCUGCAGCAUGGCCAGCUACACAGGGAGAUUCCGACAGGACAUCUCUAUAGAGGAAAAGUCAUCUCGGUUGGUUCCCUUCACCAUCAUUCCUCUGGCUUUGGGAGAGCCGGAGAUCGAAGUGAGGGCCAACGUCUAUGGUCAGUUAGUCGGAGAUGCAGUGAGAAAGAAGCUGAGAGUUCUGCCAGAGGGUGUGAAGAGGAUUGAUGAGAAGAUAGUGAUUUUGAAUCCCUCCGAAAAGAGUGAUGGAAGGGAAAUUGUAACAUUUGAGAAGUUAUCGGUGGGACCUUUCACUCCAAACACAGAACCAGUGACACACAUCACAGUAACAGGGCAUGAGCUGGAGGAAACUAUAAGGAAUGCCAUCAGUGGCUCUGCCCUGACUAAGCUCAUACGACUGCCUGGAGGUUGCGUGGAGCAGAACCUAGCCUCCAUGACGUUUCCGGUCAUAGCAAUGCAUUACCUGGACAAAGCCAACGCGUGGGCGAGUGUCGGAGUCCAAAAUCGGGAAAAGACCACUGACUACGUCAAAACCGGUUAUUCCAAUCAGCUGGCUUAUCGCCUUCAAGAUGGUUCCUAUCCACCUUACAGUAAAAAGGCACCAAGUACCUGGCUGACAGCUUAUGUUGCCAAGGUGUUUUCUGUAGCCUACCCCUUUACAGUAAUACACUCUUCGCAUGUGUGUGAGCCACUCGAAUUCUUGUUCCUGAAAAAACAGCUGCCCAAUGGAGCUUUCACAGAAGAGGCUCCUGUUUCUGCAGUGUAUAUGAUGGGAGGGGCAGCAGCAGGAGAAGGACAGGUCACUCUGACAGCCUUCAUCUUAAUCUCCAUGGCUGAAGCUAAAGUGAUCUGUAAAGAACGUUUCAUGAGCUUGUCUCAGAGGGUGACAAGAUCUGCUGGAUUCUUGAAGACCCAUCUGCCAACCCUGACGCGACCCUACUCUGUGGCCAUCACAGCCUACGCUUUAGCUUUGAGCAAUCAAAAUGAUGCAUCAACUCUGCUGGCAAACCUUGAGAGAUCGGGCACAGAUGGAAGGUAUUGGAAAGACAGCCAAUCCCACUAUUACACAUUAGAAGCCACCGGCUACGCUCUGCUGACGUACCUGAGGCUGAAGAAAAUGGAUACAGCUGCCCGCAUUUAUAAGUGGCUGAUUGAACAGGGGAAUUCCAGUGGUGGCUUUGGAUCGACACAGACCACGAUGGUGGUGUUCCAGGCACUGGCGCAGUAUAAGAUCGAAGAACCUGUGGAGGGUGUCCUCGAACUGAACGUGGAUAUCAGCAUAUCAGGUCGCAGCACAAUUCCCAAGUGGUAUUUCAAACUGGGAGGGCUGUCACAAGCUAAAUCGGAAAAGGUAAAACUUGAUCAGAACUUCACCGUGGAGGCCACAGGAACUGGAAGAGGAAAACUAGCGGUUGUGACAGAGUAUUAUGUCCUCCCGAAAGACAACCAACAGGAUAAAUGCCAGUCAUUUGACUUAGAAGUUGCCAUCAAAGAAGCAGUGGAUCCCAAGGCCCCAGAAAGGACGAUCAGGUCCUACACCCUGGAUAUUUGUAUGAGGUACUUGGGUGACCACGAUGCUACCAUGACCAUACUGGACAUCUCCCUGCCCACCGGCUGCGUGCCCUCAUUAGAGAACCUUCAAAAUUUACAAAACAGAGUGGACCGAUAUAUCGACCAUUUUAAUCUGGACAAAGAGCUGAGCGAGAGAGGAUCUCUCAUCAUUCAUCUUUACAAGGUUCUGAACGAAACACAGUGCCUCUCUAUCACCCUGCACCAGAUGUUUGAGGUGAAACUCAUCCAGCCUUCCAGUGUGACAAUCUAUGGGUAUUACACCAAUGAUAUCCGCUGCACAAGGUUCUAUCACCCAGUCAAGAAGCAGGCCCAACUAGGAAGGAUCUGCAGGGACAGUGUUUGUCGAUGCGCCGAAGAAAGCUGUAGUGCACUGAAGAAGAAGGAUGAGGAAAUUACUGUGGAUAGGCGAUUGAUUAAAGCAUGCACUGCUACUAACUACGUUUUUAAAGCCAAAUUAAUCAAGAGAAACCCUUCCAGCAGCUAUGAGGAAUACAUCAUGGAGAUUGAAGCUGUCUUGAAACAAGGAGAUGAGCUGUUCAGUCUGCCAGUUCAAAGAAUGUUCCUCUCUCACGUGGCCUGCAGAGACACUCUGGGCCUGAGAGAGGGGCAGAAGUAUUUCAUCAUCGGACGGCCGCAGGAUCAGUUGUGUCCAAAGACAGAUACGGAUCCGUGAGUUGCUUUUCUUUCAAUA